AUGUUGGAGGGACUCGUCGCCGGCCUGCUCAACAGGUUUCUGGGCAUGUACGUCAAGAAUUUCGACCCAGCACAGCUCAAGGUGGGAAUCUGGUCGGGCGAUGUCAAGCUCCGGAACCUCGAGCUCCGCCGGGAAGCCCUCGACCAGCUCAAGCUGCCCAUCAACGUCAUGGAAGGCCACCUGGGCGAGCUCACCAUCAUCAUUCCCUGGUCCAACUUGCGUGGCGCCCCUGUCAAGGUCUUCAUCGAGGAUGUUUUCCUCUUGGCCUCGCCUAGGGAGGAAGCUGCCUACGAUGAAGAAGAGGAGGAUCGGAGGAAACAACGCAUCAAGAUGGAGAAGCUCGACUCGGCCGAGCUGCUCAAGGAGAGGUCUCAAGAGGGUAUGAGCCAGGAAGAACAGCAGAAGAGCCAGAGCUUCACCCAGAGUCUGGUCACCAAGAUCGUCGACAACCUGCAGGUCACAGUCAAGAACAUCCACGUCAGAUACGAGGACGCUAUCUCCGCCCCCGGUCACCCCUUUGCCCUCGGCGUCACCCUCCAAGAGUUCAGCGCAAUCAGUACCGACGGCCAGUGGAAGCCCACGUUCAUCCAGGACUCGGCAAAGAGCACCCACAAGCUCGCCACCCUUGGCGCCCUUGCUGUCUACUGGAACACGGAUACCGAGCUGCUGGGCCCCGGACGAGAGGUCGACACGGACGAGAAGCCUCCCAUGCCCCAUGCCGAGAUGGUGGACAGAUUCAAGAGGUUGAUCGGCUCAACUCAAGACACGGAGCUCAACCACCAAUACAUCCUGCGCCCCGUCAACGGAAAGGCAAAGAUUGUCCUCGACAAGACCGGGGACGUCCGUGUUCCCAAAGCCAAGGCAAGCUUGCUGUUCGAAGAGAUCGGCCUGGUCAUCGAUGACGACCAAUAUCGCGAUGGCCUAAUGAUGGUUGAUCUUUUCCACUACUUCAUCCGUCACCAAGAAUAUAAAAAGUUCCAGCCCAAGGGAGUCACGCCCAAAGAAGACCCCAGGGCUUGGCUCAAAUUCGCCGGUGACGCAGUGCUCAGCAAGAUUCACGACAGAAACCGAAGAUGGUCCUGGGACUAUUUUCGGGAGCGACGUGACGACCGCAAACGCUACAUUGAGCUCUUCAAGAAGCGAAAGCAGCAGCAGCAACUCAACGCUCAAGAAAAUGAAGACUUGAAUAAGCUUGAGUUCAAGCUCGACUACGAGGAUCUGCGCUUCUGGCGGUCGCUGGCCCGCAACCAGCUGAAGAAGGAGAACGCCGCGGCAUUAAAGAACCAGCCACCUAAGCAGCAGCAGCAAGGCUGGCUGGCAUGGGCUUGGGGCGGUGGCCAGAAGCAUCAAGAACAGCAUGCCCAAGACGACGAGAAUACGCAGAUCACCGAGGAGCAGCGCAAAGAGCUGUAUGACGCCAUCGAGUUUGACGAGAAGACCGCCCUGGCCGAAUCAGUCGACAUUCCCCGUGACUCCGUCAAGAUGCAGGUCGAAGCGUGGCUGAGCACCGGAAGCUUCACGUUAAAAAAGAGCCACAACGGCAAGCGAAGCGACCUUCUCAGUCUUCACUUUGACGUCUUCAAAGCCAAGGUCCUACAGCGUCCCGAUUCCUUCCUCGCCGAUCUCAGCCUCGGCGGUCUCCGUGUCAACGAUGGAACAACGCCCGACACCCUUUUCCCCGAAAUUGUCAGGGUUAAAGAUGCGCCUGAGAUCCACGACCAGAAGCGUCUCACCAUCGAGGAACUUGAAGAGAAUGACGACGAGCCAUUUUUCCGCUUCGAGGUUGAGCAGAAUCCCAUUGACCGCGAAGGAGACAUUGCCCUCAGCGGAUCCCUCAAGCCGCUGGAGAUUGUGUGGAACCCGAACUUCGUGGUGGGCGUUGCAGACUUCUUCCGGCCACCGGAACGACACAUGGAAUCCAUCACAGCCUUGAUGGAAACGGCUGGGGCUACCGUCGAGACCUUCAGAGAGCAGACACGCGCCGGCCUCGAGUUCGCACUCGAGGAGCACAAAACCAUCAACGCUCAGCUUGACUUGCAGGCUCCGCUCAUCAUCGUGCCAGUCAGCAUUUCCGUCAAGGACUCGACUUGCCUGAUUCUGGAUGCCGGCCACAUCAGCGUCAAUAGCGAGCUGGUCGAUAACGACACCAUGAAGCAGAUCCAGUCCAAGCAACGGCAAUCGUAUACCGAUGAGGAUUUCAAGCGUCUCGAGUCUGUCAUGUACGACAAGUUCUUGGUGAAGCUCUCUUCGACCCAGGUGCUGAUAGGCCCAUCCAUCGACGUGACGAAAGCUCAACUUUCAAAGAAGGAUGACACGCAACAUCUCCACGUGGUAGAAGAGAUCAACGUCGACUUCGUCGUCGAAACGUCCAUCUUGCCCAAGGCACCGAAUCUGACAAAGCUAAAGGUCUCCGGCCACCUCCCCAUGCUCCAUGCUACCGUCUCGGAUUCGAAGUAUAAGAGCUUGAUGCGAAUCAUCGACGUAGCCAUCCCCAAGUUUGGCCAGGAUCAACCACAAGAACAGAUCAAUGACUCCCAGCGACAGGCAGUGGCAACUCGUCCGCGUGGCUUGAGCACCGCCUCGAGCAGGUCGCGGUCACGCAAGGAGCCCAGCCGUCGUAGAUCAUCACAAUUCCCCUUCAUGCAGUCGCAGACCGCCAUCGUCAUUGACGAAGAUGACGAGGACGACGAGUUCGAGGACGCCGACGGCGGUAGGGACAACAAAGACCAGCUUAAGCUGCAGCAGCGUUCUUUUGAGCUCAAGUUCAAGGUGGACACUCUCAAGGGGUCCCUGUACCGGAGCGACCCGGACAGGAAAAAGCCUGAUCAAUUGCUCGUUGAAUUGGUGGCGGAAAAGUUCGACCUUCUUUUCUAUCUGCGCCCGUACGACAUGAAUGCCGAGGUCUCGCUGGGCUCCGUUACCAUGGACGACUUCGUCGACAACCCAUCAGCCGACUUCAAGUCCAUCGUGUCGUCCGGCGAUGUCGAGGAUCGUGAGCAGAAUCGCAGCCUUGUCAGUGUCAAGUUUACCCGUGUCAACCGCUUGUCGCCAGAGUUCAUGCCCGUGUACGAAGGCGUGGAGACAAAUGUCACUGCUGCUAUCUCCACAAUCAACCUCAUUGUGACGAGAAAGACGCUUCUCACCCUUCUGGAUUUCAUCCUGGCAACUUUUACUGGCAACAAUAACGAUGCCUCGAGGCCACAGGGGCAAAGGGCCAUCUCGGACUCGGACUCGGAGGACGACGACGAGUUCGAGAUAGCAGUCGACGCCCCGCCAGAAGACACUCCAGCCAAUGCCGGGUCCAUCAGAGUCAAGGUAGACUUGAAAAGUAUCCGGAUGAUUCUCAAUAACGACGGGAUCCGUUUGGCUACAUUGUCAUUCAACCAUGCUGAUGUCGGAGUCUUCCUUUUGGGCAAGACAAUGCGAGUCAACGCCAAGCUGGGUAAUCUCAACCUGGUCGACGACAUCAACCAGGGUGUCUCGGAGGAUUCCAAUUUGAGGCAACUCAUUUCCAUCCAAGGUGACGAACUCGCCGACUUUCGGUAUGAGACGUUCGAUGCUACCAACAAGAAGGCAUAUCCUGGAUACGACUCUUCCAUUUACCUUAGGGCUGGCUCCGUUAAGCUUAACUUCCUCGAGGAGCCUUUCCGAAAGAUUAUCCAGUUCCUUGUCAAGUUCGGCAAGAUGCAGGCCAUAUACAACGCUGCUCGCCAAGCAGCUGCCUCGCAAGCCAACCAAAUCCAACAGAGCACGAGCAAACUCAAGUAUGAUGUCGUAGUCAAGACGCCAAUCGUUGUUUUCCCCAGGGUGAUCGCCCAGGGACAGCCCAAGCGGGAUGUCAUUACUGCUUACUUGGGAGAAAUCUACGCCCAGAACAAGUUCGCUCCGUUAGACGAUUCCGAGAACUCUCAGAUAGCGACGAAGAUUUCUGCAGGAAUCCGCAACAUCCGCCUGACGUCCGACUUCGAAUAUCAUGGCGACCUUUCCGAGGAGUUGGAGCUCAUCGACAAGGUAGACCUGGGCUUCAACGUCACGUAUGCCGAGCACCAGAAUGGCACGAAGCGCCCUGAGCUUGAGAUUGAAGGCAGCAUGUCCGACUUCAACCUGCGACUCACCCAGUUUCAACUCAGAUUUCUGAUGGAGAUCUCCAAGGCUGUGCCCGCUGCAUUCGCGGCCGACUCGGAGGACCAAGAUCAGGACGCCGAACGGGAAGUCGACAAAGAUACGCUGCAAAGGGCCAAGUCAAUGCCCACCGACAACAACAGUCUGGGCGACAAUGAUGCAGCAGUUGAUCUUGGACCUGAGCUAUCACCAAAGGACCAAACAUGGACGAAGCUUGACCUUGUCUUCCAGGUUAACAUCAUUGGGAUGGAGCUCUUGCUGGCUCCCGAGGAGAAGCCCGUUGGCAAGCUCGAGAAUGCUAGCUUGUCCCGGUUCUCUUUGGACGGCACCAAGCUGAAAACACGCAUGCUCAACGAUGGGUCUCUCGAGGGCGAGUUCCUGAUCCACUCGUUUACCAUUUACGACAGCCGCUCUCGCGACGCAAACAAGUUCCGGCGGAUCAUGACGUCCUCCAACAAGGAGGUCCAGCAGCUGAUGGCCAGCAUCACAAUGUCCGGAGGCCAGGAGAGGAGCCUCAUUGCCAUCGUCACCGUCGACAGCCCGCGCAUCAUCUUCGCGCUCGACUACUUGUUCGCUAUCCAAAAUUUCGUCAUGGUUGGGUUACAGCCCCAGGAUCCCUCGCCAGGAGAUGAGGAGUCGCUGCUGGAGACGCCGGAGGAAUCGGAUGUGGAUGCGGAUUCUAUGCAGGUCACCUGGUCCAACAAAGCCAAGUCCCAGAAGAGCAGUAUCACCAAGGAGACCGAAGGGCAACAGGGUGACACCGACGAUAAGCCCCAGAGCACCAUGAGCAUUUCGUAUAGGGUUAAUAUCGUGGAUGCGCAGGUCAUUUUGAUCGCGAACCCCCUCAGCACCAGCUCUGAGGCCAUCGUGCUCGGCACGAAGCAGGUCUUGCUCUCCCAACAGCACGCACUCACCUUUCAAGUAUCUGAGAUUGGCAUGUUCCUCUGCCGCAUGGAUCGGUUCGAAGACUCACGCCUCCGCAUCAUCGACGACUUUUCCGUCCAGAUGUCGAUGGACAGCUCGAAGCCCAAUAUGACGAGCAUCCAUGCAGACAUCGAGCCCUUGAUACUGCGACUUUCUCUUCGGGACAUCCUCCUUGCUCUGCAAAUCGCCAGCAAGGCUACGGAGCUGUCAGACCAACAACAAAAGGAGCAGGAUAACAAGAAGUCGGCCUCUGCCGCAGACGAAAGAGCCAAGCAACUGCGUCAAUCUGGUCUCAAGCAGCGAACUGCCAGCGGCAAGGGACCAUCGACCAUGGCGAACAAGACGGUCAUGUCCAAGACUGCUAGGGUGUCAGCAUCUCAGGCGAAACAAGAUCUAGAAGAGCAGCAUGGCACGGCGGUCCAGGUUCAGCCAAAACGUCGCGAGGAACUCUCGGCCACCAUUGAAGGCAUCCGUGUGGUUCUUAUUGGCGAUGUACACGAGCUUCCCAUUCUCGAUCUGGGCAUCAAGAGCUUUACCGCCACGGCGGAGGAUUGGUCCUCCAACCUCAAGGCCGAGACAGCCAUCGACCUCUACACCAACGUCUACAACUUCUCCAAGUCAGCCUGGGAGCCCCUGCUCGAGCCCUGGCAGGUCGGCUUCGGGAUUGCGCGGGAGCAGCAGUCGGGUCUAUUAUCCAUCGAUGUCGCCUCAAAAAAGAUUUUCGAUGUCACGAUCACGACGGCCACCAUCGCGCUGGCGUCCAAGUCUUUCGCCUUCCUCAGCAAAGACGAGGAUGUUCUUGGCAAACCGCGCGGUGUUGAUGCCCCCUACCGCAUCCGGAACUACACCGGGUUCGAUGUUGUGGUGCAGUCCAAGAGCACGACGACAGACGACAACAUGACGGCCCGUCUCGAAGAGGGAGAAGAAGCUCCCUGGAGCUUCGAGCCGUGGGAGAAGAUGCGGGAGAACCUUUCCACUGAAGGUAGCAGCGGCAGUGUGAGCAUCCAUCUGGAGGGCAGCGGGUUUGAUGCCGUGAAAAAUGUCAGGCUGAACCGCGAGGGCGAGGCGAUCUAUAGCCUGAAGCCCAAGACCGAUAACAUUCUGCAUCGGUUGCUUGUGGAGGUCACCAUGGGCAAGGAUAACGUCAAAUAUGUCACGUUCCGGUCGCCUCUCGUGGUGGACAACCUGACCCAGAUUCCCGUCGAGCUCGGCGUCUACGAUGCUCAGGAGGGCCACCUGCUCAAGAUCGAGAAGAUUGCCCCCGGAGAAAGCCGACCUGCUCCGGUGGGUGCUGUGUUUUUGAAGUCCCUCCUGGUGCGGCCCGACUCGGGCUUCGGGUAUGCGUGGUCUUCGGAGAGUCUGUGGUGGAGGGAUCUUCUGAAGCGACCUACACGCACGAUGGUCUGCAAGGGAGAAAACGGUGAUCCGUUCUACUUCCAGCUCAACGCAACGUUUGACAGGUCGAACCCAUUGACCAAAAACUACCCUUACAUGCGUAUCAAGCUGUCGCCGCCGGUGAUCCUUGAGAACCUGCUUCCUUACGACUUCAAGUACCGCAUCUACGACAAGAACACGAAGAAGGACUGGGCCAACUUCCUCCGCAAGGGUGGUCUUAGUCCAGUUCACGUCGUGGAGCUGUCUCACCUGCUUCUCCUCAGUGUCGACAUGCAGGACACCGUCUUCAAGCCGAGCGACUUUGCCAUUAUCAACUCUGGAUCGUCAGAUGACUUCAAGAAGGAGGACCGACUCCUCUGCAAAGAUGCAGACGGUCUGCAGCUCAAUCUCAAGCUUCACUACCACAAGGUCCCGGAUGGCGGAGGGGCCUUCCGGGUGACGGUCUACAGCCCCUACAUCAUCUUGAACAAAACCGGCCUCGACCUUCAGAUGAGAGCCAAAGGCUUCCUGCAGGGCGCGCGGCCUGCAGCUGGCCAGUCAACUCUGUCCAACAGGUCGAGGUCCGACAGGGACCGCCCCAAGGCAACGCCGUUCAUGUUCUCCUACGGCAACGACGAUCACAGAAACAGAGCACUGCUGCAGAUUGCCGACUCUGAAUGGAGCAAACCGCAAAGCUUUGACGCUAUCGGUAGCACGGCAGAGGUGGUGCUGCCGUCGCCUUCCAGGAACACCGAGGUGCACAUCGGCAUCACGACCGAGGCUGGAGAGGGCAAGUACAAGAUGACCAAGGUCGUCACUCUGGCGCCGAGGUUCGUCCUGGAAAACAAGCUUGGGGAAGAGAUCAACGUCCGAGAGUCCAGCUCGUCGGGCUUCAUGACGCUGAAGCCGGGCGCGCAUCAGCCACUUCACUUCAUGCAAAAGACGGCCGUAAAGCAGCUCUCGCUUUGCCAUCCUGGAAUGAACAACCAGUGGACUUCUCCCUUCAACAUAUCGGACAUUGGCACGACUCACGUCAAGAUUGCCAAGGCGGGUCAACGCCAACGGCUGAUUCGCGUCGAGACUCUGAUGGAGGGCGCAACGAUUUUCCUGCAUCUUAGCCUGGAGACCAAGAACUGGCCGUAUCAGAUGAGGAACGAGAGUGACACAGAAUUCACCUUCUACCAGGCCAAUCCCAGCCUGGAUGACGAUGGAGUCGAGGACAGAUCCGGCUGGCGACCCAUCAAGUACAGGCUGCCGGCGAGAAGCAUCAUGCCCUAUGCCUGGGACUUCCCCGCCGCCAAGUUCCGCGAGAUCAUCAUCAACGCCCAUGGCAAGGAGCGACAUGUCAAACUUGCCGAGAUUGGAAACCAGAUUCCGAUGAAGUUUGCCACCACCUCCGGCCAACAGAAGAUCAUCGACAUCAACGUUGCCGCCGACGGCCCCACGCAGACUCUGAUCCUAUCCAACUUCCGUCAGUCCAAGAGUCUGUAUCGGCAGAAGUCCAAGUCUGGAUCCCGUACAAGCACCGACGGCUUCGAAGUCAAGGACCAGGAGACGACUGCGACCUUCCGGGCGCAGCUGAAGCUCUCGGGCAUCGGAGUCUCUCUCAUCAACUCCCAGCUCAAGGAACUGGCCUACGUCACCUUCAGGGACGUCUCGCUCCGGUACCACGACUCUCCUCUGCAACAGACCAUUAGCUUCUCGGUCAAGUGGAUCCAAAUCGACAACCAGCUGUACGGUGGUCUUUUCCCGAUGAUCUUGUACCCCAGCGUGGUCCCGAAGAGGGCCCAGGAGGUCGACGCACACCCUUCGAUCCACGCCAUGGUCACCCGGGUGAAGGACGACUCGUACGGCGUGCUCUACAUCAAGUACGCCACGCUCUUGAUGCAGCAAAUGACAAUCGAGUUGGACGAGGAUUUUGUCUACGCCGUCUUGGACUUUUCCAACAUCCCUGGAGCCGCCUGGUCCGACACCAACGAAGAAGGCAAGCUGUGCGACGAAGAGCUGGACAUUCCCGAGCCGCAGCAGCAGCAGUCGGGUCAGGACAUCUACUUUGAGUUGCUCAACAUCCAGCCCAUGCAACUAGAUCUAUCCUUCAUGCGCACGGAACGAGUCAAUGCCGAGGACAAGACAUCGUCGCGAAACCCUCUCAUGUUCUUCCUCAACGUCAUGACGAUGGCCAUCGGCAACGUCAACGAUGCGCCCAUCCGUCUCAACGCCCUCAUGCUAGACAACGUCCGCGUGUCCGUGCCCGCCUUGACACAGAACAUUUCGAGCCAUUACAGUCAGGAAGUCCUAUACCAGAUCCACAAGAUCCUCGGCUCUGCCGACUUCCUUGGCAACCCGGUUGGUCUCUUCAACAACAUCAGCUCUGGCCUUACAGACGUGUUCUAUGAACCCUAUCAAGGGUUGAUUCUCUCGGACAAGCCCGAAGACUUUGGACUCGGUGUCGCCAAGGGAGCUGCCUCGCUUGUCAAGAAGUCCGUCUACGGGUUUUCCGAUUCCUUCUCCAAGUUCACCGGCAGCUUGUCCAAGGGUCUCGCAGCUGCAACUCUUGACAAGCAGUUCCAGGAUCGUCGGCGCAUCACGCGUGCGCGCAACAGGCCCAAGCACGCUCUCUACGGAGUCACUACCGGUGCCAACUCGCUCUUCACGAGCGCCGCAUCUGGCGUGGGUGGACUCGUACGCAAGCCGCUCGAAGGCGCCGAGCAAGAGGGCGCCCUGGGAUUCUUCAAGGGCAUCGGCAAGGGCGUCGUAGGAUUUGCAACGAAGCCCGCCAUCGGUGUUCUGGACAUGGCUUCCAACGUUUCCGAAGGCAUCCGAAACACAACGACCGUUUUUGACGGCUCAGAGCUUGACCGCGUCCGACCGGCUCGGUUCGUGCCUUCGGACGGGAUUGUGCGGCCCUACAACGCUCGGGAAGCGCUCGGGCAGUCUUGGUUGAAGCAAGUUGAUAAUGGCAAGUACUUCAACGAGGACUAUAUUGCUCACCUCGAACUACCACGCGAAGAUAUGGUGGUAAUGGUCACGUACGCUCGCAUCCUUCUCAUUCGCAGCCGGCGCUUGACCUCCGAGUGGGAUGUCCCCCUAAAGGAUGUGCAAACCAUUGCAAAGGAGCGGACAGGCCUGAGCCUGACUCUGAGAGGUGGCACCAAUGGGCCAUUCAUUCCUGUUGGCGAUGAAAGCGGCCGCGGUUUCUUGUACAAGAUGGUGGCUGUCGCCGUAGAGGAAUUCAACAGGCGAUUCAGAGGAAUGGAGUGA